GCACGAAUCUCCGCGCUCCUCCGACGGUCUGGUAGGUAACACUGCUUCGGAGUGUCAUCGUGUAGAUAGUGUCAAAAAUUAUGGUACGAGUUUAGUUUUCAGUAUCAGUAUUCAGAAACUGUUACUUAAACACGUGCAAUAAACGAGAAUGAAUUGCUUCGUUUAAUAGAAAGCGUCUAAAUUCGACCAACGUGAUUCAAGUUGAAAGACCAAGACUGCACAUGCUACGGACUAGAGUUGUCAUUCCGGGACAGUAAACAGAACGACGUUUCGUUCUUCGAUUACCCGAACGUUUAAAAUGUCCGUGACUGAGGAAAGAAUUCAAGAAUUAAAUAGACGCUUUCUGGAGUUUAUGAACAAAGGUGAGAAUGUAGAAUCAGCUACGAAAGAAAUUUACGAGGAUCUCCUCGAUGAAGUGGUAAUGGGAUUUGUUUUCGACGUACAUCGAACUACAAAAACUGGUAGUUCGGAUGUUGAGGAGGGUAUACCUGACGACGAAUCGUAUGCUAUUGUAGAUUCUCCAGGAUUGGAUGUAUUUGGUCAACACCCUGUAAAAAAAUCUCAAGAAUGCAACUGUCCAAAUUGUGACAGAGGAGUGGCAGCAUGUCGUUUUGCAACUCACUUAGAGAAGUGCAUGGGUAUGGGACGAAACAGUUCACGAAUUGCAUCAAGACGUAUAGCAAAUAACUCAAAAGAUCUUAGCAACUUCAGUGGUGUAAUAAGUGAUGAUGAUGAUGAUGUUGAUUGGAGUUUAAAUAACGAUAAACGUAAACGCAGAAAAGACCGUAAUGGUAUUAAAAGAACAAAACAGCAAAAAAAUAAUCAAAGAAACGGAGAAAGCAUGAAUGAACACAUUCAUAGCAGCAAUGAAAAUUCUCCAUCAAAUUAUGAAAAUAUGUCUUUAGAAGACAAACGAAUUCUGUUAACUCAGAUUUGUGGAGUAGUGUCUGAACAUACUAAAAAGUUAUGUACAAGAUCCAUGCGAUGCCCACAACACACAGAGGAUCAAAGGAAGGAAAUGAGAGCAAAUUUAGAAUCUGGAAAUAACACACAAACUGGUCAAGAUAAUCUACAUGUAGAUGUAGAUACCUAUGAAGAAGGAGAUGGACAGAAUUUGAGAGAAGCUUUGGCGCGUUGGGAUCGUGAAGGAUCAAGUCAUUCGAGUCCAGCAGAUUCAACAUCUACCACAUCCACAUCUUCAAUAAGUAGAAAACGGGAAACAAAGACUAAAGGGAAAGGCAAAGGGUCCAAACGCGACCGUGGAUCCCCCAUUUCGCAAGGCGAUUAAAAUAGUGUAUUUAAUUUAUUUUUUAGUAAUAUAAACUUUCUAACAGGGAAAAUUAUGUAAUAAUAAUGUUCCUAUGCAUUGUA